AGUUUUUAAAUUUUGUGUAAAUUUCAAAUUUUUACAAAACUUCGGAAGUAUCAAAAUGACUGCACAAGGUAGUGAUACAUCUAGUGGUGAGUGUAACCAGAUGUUGAUGUUUCUUACAUCUGCAUUUGGGUUCAUUCUAUAUGUUCAAGGUGUUGGAAAUCGUCAGAGAACUGCCAUCGUAGAAGGUUGUUUGGCUGUGGCUUAUGCAAUUCUUAUUUUCUUUCCAAGUGGAUCACUGUCAUACUUUGUAUCAACCACAAACAAUCUUCCAAUCUGUGUUUUUCAACUUGUUUUCUCAUGCUUGCUUGCACAAUCAAUUGCUUAUCAAAUAACCAGAAAUUCAGUCCAACCUGAAGUCGUAUUCAGUACAACUGUCGUCAACAUUUUGACUCGAUGCUCCCUGAUUCUCUGUGCUUUAUAUGGGAUACAGUCCAAAUUUGUAUUGAAUUUGCCAUGUAUGCUGACUCUAGUGAUAUUGCUUCCUCUGGUGCUUGGAGAUUUUGCUCACCUCUUCUCAAUGUCAUCCAAGUCGUACCUUACAAUUGGAGAUCCCAUAAGUUGGCAUGUGUCAGUUGAUGCUAUGUCAACAUUUUUCCUAGGAUGUUGUGCUCUGGCGUUUCCUGACGUGUUUUGUGAAAAGAUGACUGAAUCGGCUGGACUUCUCACCAAAGCUCUUGGUAUUGCGGUUAUUGGACAAUCCUUACUUUCAUUUGCAUCUUUAUGUUUCCGAUCUAGAGAAGAUGCCAUUGCAAUACUGAAAUCAAAAGUAGUGAUGUAUGUGCUGUCCAUGUUUGUUGUACUGGUUAGCGCAGUCAAUGACAAAGCAUUCUGGAGCAAUGGUCAUCCCUUUUAUUUGGUUGGCACAUCUCUUGCACUUCUCUACAAUGCGGGAUAUGCGCUUUCAGAACAUCGAAUGUAUUGAAGAAAUCAAGCACCAGAAUUGUUAAAUGCUCAUCCCAGGAAUUGAUGUUUUAGAAUUUUAGUCUCUUCCAGUAAUAAUGUAUCCAAAUAUUCGUGUUUUGUUCCUCACAUGCUCUUUCUUGUUGCAAAAAAUGAAUAAUAGUAUCAAUAGUUGUGGAAGUGUCUCACAAUAUCUGAAGGGAAAAGUUUUCAUGAGUUCCAAUUUCAUUAACUAUUUCAGCAAAUGAUUUCGGAAUUUUUUUUCACAAUUUCUCAUUCAUCUGUGACACUAUGCUAAAUUACAGUCAAAGUAUAUCAUUCAUACAUGAAAAUAUAUAAAUGAAAUAAAUUUGAAUUUCUUUUCAUUUUGUAGAACCAUAAUUAUCGAAACAAUUUGUUCCUGAAUAUUCAAUUGGAAUUAUCACUACUUGCACUUCAUUUACUUUUAACCACAAAUAUAAUACUAUUUAAAGUUAUACAUUUCAUCGUAUGGUAUGCUCAUAUAUGAGUGUUUCACAUCAGAAUUUCUGAGAAUUUGAUAUAAUUAUAAAAUAAAAAUUUAUUACCAGCUCAUUAUACAGUAUCUUAAAAUAUAACUAUGGUAAUGAUUGUAUUUUAUUUAAUCAUGUUGUUUUUAAUUGAGGUUGCCAUUCUCAGAUUUAUAAUGAUUUGAUACUCAAAAUUUUGUUGAACACUUCUUGUAUUUGUAAGAUUUAUAGAAAAUAUGUAUGUUUAUAAUUAUCUUUUAGAAUCAAAUACUGUUCAAGCCUUAAUCCAAUCCACAAUUAAAUAAUGCAAAACAUAUGGUAUCUGAAAAUGGCACCCCUAUUAAUAAUCUAUUUAUAUUAUGUGCAGUUUUUGCACUAGAAAUACGGUACCACAUGAAGUUUUAAUGCACUGUCAUAUCUUGUCCUAUUUAAUUUCAUUACUUUUAUUGCCGCAAUUUAUCAUUUCACUUGUAAUAAUAUAAUCACUGUCAUAAAGUUCAUACAUAUCCAUGCAAUGAUAGAAUUUAAUGUUAUUUUCUAUUAAUUAGUUCUGUGAUUAACUUUAUCUGUGAAUCACCAAUGUCUACAGUGUUAGAGAUAAUUAAAUCAUCUUCCUUGACUGUGUUAGUUUUUGGUAUAUUGUUGAAAAUAUAACCAUUUUUGAAAUAUGUGUUUAAAUCAUCUCACUUGACUGUGGCCGUUUCGAAUAAUAUUAAUAGAAUUUCAAUCUUAUUAUUGAAGAUAUGAAUAAAUUGCUUCAUAACAACAAUAACUUUGAAUUAAGAUUGUGUGUAAAUUUCAUUUAUACUAUAUAUUCAUCAGUUCGGAUUUUCUGUCAUAUUUUGUAUUGACAAUCCAUGUUCAAGUGUUACGAGUGCAAUUUCGGCAUAUACUUUUCACUAAACUUGAUAAAGUUGAAUGCUCCGAACAAGUUAUUUUAAAGAUGGUACAACAUUUCUAAAAGUGAAAUCUCUUUUCUUCCAAAAAUAUUUUACAUACAAUAUAGAAGGAGUAUUGAGAAAAAUUAUUGCACCAUAUAAUCAGUCAACAUUUUCAAUUUCGUUUAAAAAAAAAACACCUUCUUCCUUUAGAAAUGAAUUAUAGGCUCUGUAAAUGAUUGAUUUUCGCACUUUCUAUGAAAUAUGCUUUUAAUUUAAUAUAUUGAACAAUCUACUUUUCCAUCUAUUUCUGAUUUUACAAAUGUUUCUAAUGAAUAUCAGUAUUGUUCUAUAUUAACUACCAUAAUUCAAUUUAGCCAAGAUUACCUCAUUGAUUGUUUUCCUACCUAGCUAAUAUUUAUCCCCGCGGAUGAACUGUGUUGCGAAGUGGAUCAAUCCUGUCUUUUCUUCUUAACUAUAAUAUAUAGUUUGUUAUUAUUACCGUAAUUGUGCUUUUCUUUUCUUUCUGCAAACAUUAUCGAUGGAUAGUGUUUCAAUUUGGAAUAAUGAAUUGAAGAAUUAUUAAUAGCUACUAGUUAUGAUUCAAAAGAUGAAAGCUUUGUUGAUUGCGCACGCCUAUUACCAAAACACUCAUUCGAAAGUUUAUUGAUAAUCAGGAAUAGUAUGUGGUUGGUGUAACUGCUCUCAGUAGCUUUGUACUUUUUCCUUCAACUUGGAACUGCCCCAAUUUUUGUCUGAAGUAUUCAAUUUGGUCAGUAUAAUUGGCCACUAAACCUAUUCAAUUGCUGAAUUUCAUGAACUCAUUUCUUUACUGCCUGUUUAUAAAAAUAUUCUCGUUAUUAAGAAUUUGAGAUUUUUUAUAUCAAAAUCAAAUGAAAAUCAUUGUUUGGCUCAGAAAUCAGGAAGUGUUCCGAAGUAUAAUGUGUUGUUUUAUAAAACAUGAUGUUUUCGAUAGAAACAUAAGAUGCUGGUAACUCAUAUUGGAAAAUAACAAUCUGUUCAAUUUCAAAACUGCAUAACUGUGAAGUAACCAUAAACCUUGUAUUGUUAUUAAUUUAAUCAAAAUGUAUGAUGUCCUGAACCGGCUGAUGUUUCUACUAUAAAAUCUCGAACUGAAUGCCUGAUUACUGUCAGUUGGAAAUAAUUUGAUAAAUGCAUUUCUAUAUCAAAAUUGGUUUAAAAUAAUAUUAAAAUGUUAUGAUUUAGUAGAUUAAUACGGAAAAAAAUUAUCUGAUAUAAGCAAUUUUAUUUUUUGCUUCCAUUUUAUGCAUGUUUUUUGCACUUUAAAAAUCCAUUAUGUCUUAUGCACAUUUCAUUUUAAAGUAUAAUAUAAUAUGCUUUCAUAUCUAAAAUAUAUCAUUGUUAUUUAG